AUGCUGGGUACAUCAAUGGUAUCGGCGACUGCCGCCUUGGCUCUGGUACUUGGUGCCAAUGCCCAAGCAUCAUUAUACGCUCAGUGUGGUGGCCAGGGCUACUCGGGCCCUACCUCGUGCGUCUCUGGAGCUGUCUGUACAGCUUGGAACUCUUGGUACUAUCAAUGCGUCCCCGGAACAAGCACUACACCGAGUACCACAACGACCACAACAACUACCACCGCCACACCCACCGGGUUAAAGUACUUCAUCACUUUUGGCGACUCCUACUCGCAGACCGGAUUCGACAUCAACAGCACCAAGCCCUCCGCCUCGAAUCCGCUCGGGAACCCCAGUAUGCCAGGAUGGACGACGAGCGGGGGCUUGAAUUGGAUUGGCUUUCUCAUCUCAAAAUACAACACCUCCCUGACUCUCUCAUACAAUUUUGCCUACGGUGGGGCGACGACCAACGCCAGCCUUGUCGCUCCAUAUACCUCUACCGUCCUUAGCUUCAUCGACCAGGUCACCGAGUUUACCAACAGCAUUGCCUCGAAGCCCUCCUAUGCGCCGUGGACCAGCAAGGAUACGCUCGUUGGGGUCUGGAUGGGCGUAAACGACGUGGGCAACUCGUACUGGCUGUCCAAUAUUGACGAACUUCUCACCGAGAUCAUGGAUAGCUACUUUGGGCAGCUGCAAAUUCUCUACAACGCAGGAGUGCGGAACUACGUUCUCCUUGGUGUUCCUCCUAUUGACCGCUCCCCACUCAUGCUCUCCCAAGGCACGGAUGCCACUACCGCGGAAGCAGCAGUGAUCACAAAGUACAACAACCUGAUCGCGACAUAUCUCGCUAACUUCAAGUCCAAGAACAGCGGUGUCACAGCAACAGUCGUGGAUACGCAGGCGCCGUUCAAUAAGGCAUUGGAUAAUCCCACGGCAUAUGGUGCGGCCAAUGCCACCUGCUAUAACAGCGAUGGCACCACCUGUCUGUGGUUUAAUAACUACCACCCGGGCAUUGCAAUCCAUAACCUCACCGCACAGGCCGUUGCUUCUGCUUUGAAGGGGUCUUUUUUCUAG